CCAUUAACAAAAACACAACAGCCAAGAGCUUCUUUCAUUUGUCUUUUUGAAACCAAUGGGUCGUGGAUCUUCGUUCUUGAAUGUUUUGAAGGAGGUUGCGCGUAUUCUAAAAGAAUCCCGCAAACUCUUUUUCAAGAACAAGAAGUUGAUGUUCUCAGUUUUGUUAUUCCCUCUCCUACUCAAUUGUUUAGCAUUCUUGUUUAACAUAUUUGUCAUCGAACCAGAGCUCAUGAACUUGAUCUCCGACUCAAGUUUGUUGCCAGCGACAGAUCCAAGCACCCCGGAGUAUGCAGUCCUUCUUAUGAGAAUCUUUUCAGACGUUCGCGAAUAUGUGGAUUCUACAUACAUCCUCAUGGUCGUCUCCUCCAUCAUCAACAUCUUUUCUACUAUAGUCAUGGUCCACGCAUCGGCUAUUACUCUUAAAGAUGAACACACCAAGAUCAAAGAUUUCACUGUUCUGAGCCUUAAAUCUUGGAAGGGACCUCUUGUGACGUAUUUCUACAUUGCUCUUUUCAGUAUUGGCUAUUCGUUACUCUUUUUUCUAAUCCUUUUUCCUAUCCUUUUAUCCUCCUCUAUGAAAAUCUCUGAUAUCGGUUCCGUGAUAGUCAAGACUGGUGGUUUAAUGAUUAUAUUCGCUCUCUUUCAAUCUUACUUAGCCAUCAUUUGGAACUUAUCUAUGGUCAUAUCAGUACUAGAGGAAAGUUAUGGCAUCCAAGCUUUGGGGAAAGCUGCAAAGAUUGUUAAAGGGAUGAAGACAAAACUGUUUCUCUUGAAUAUCUUCUUUGGCUUAUUGGCACUAGGAUUAACUCAAAUCUUGACCGUGAUUAUCAGUUUGAGAAGGCCGCUCUCAGUUACUACCGUAACCACCGGUUUUGUCCUUGUGUGUUUGGUCUUUGUGUGUUUGAGCAUUGUGCUGAGGAUGUUUAUGCUCGUGACUUACACCGUUGCUUAUUUCCAAUGUAAGACUUCCCAAGGCAAAGACGUUGAGUCGCUGAGGGAUGUGGAAUACACGAAUCUCUCCUCCGAUGUUCACAUCGGAUGAUUGCCUUUGAUAUCUCAAGAGAAGGGCAUACAUCAUGAUACACAAAUAAAUUGUCUUAAGAAUGUUGUAAAGUUCACAAUGAAAUUGGUAAAAUUAUUUCGAAUAAUGUUUGAAUAUGUAUUUUUGUUAUAAGGUUUUGGUUAUAUACAUAUU